GGACCACCUUCUUUUUUUUUUUGUACCGGUACAUUCAGCUCUUCCAUGGCGAAGCACUAAAUGCAAGCCAUGAUUUAUCCAAGAGAACCUAUCGACGAUGAACCCGAAGCAGGGUGCAAGCUGAUGGACGGCUUUGCUAUCUUUAUUCAACUCUGUUUAGCCACUGCCGCCUUCUCCACCCUCAUCAUUAAACGUCAAAGAGAACAUCCUCAACGUCCAGUUCGCAUUUGGGCUUUUGAUGUGAGCAAGCAACUCGUAGGUGGUAUUGUCAUUCACUCACUCAAUGUGGUUGCGUCGUACUUUUUUGGCGUUCAACCAGAAGCAGGUCAAGGGUCAAAUCCUUGUGUGUGGUAUUUCCUGAAUAUUUUUGUGGAUACGACUUUGGGUGUGGUGAUCUUGUGGAGCGUUCUCCUGGGAUUCCGAUAUUUCACCGGGAAACUUCAAUGGUCGGGAUUUCAAAGUGGGGUAUACGGUGAUCCGCCAUUCCAAGAACAGAUCAAAGCAUGGUCCAAGCAGUUGGCCGUGUACAUUAUCAGCUUAAUUAUCAUGAAAAUUAUCGUCGUCGCUAUCUUUCAUCUGUGUCCGUGGAUAUCCGAUUUUGGCCGCUGGGUCCUUCAAUGGACCAUGGGAAAUUAUAAGCUGCAGGUCGUCUUUGUCAUGCUAAUUUUCCCCUUGGUGAUGAAUAUCAUCCAGUUUUGGGUCGUCGAUACCAUCGUCAAACACAAAGCGGACCAUGUCACCACCAUCCGACUGAUGCACGAUCAAGAGGAUGCAGAAACCUUGCUGCCACGACAAGAUCUAGAUCAAGAGGAAGGAGAUGUUUUAUUGGGACCCUUGCCGGAUCAUGAAGAUGAACGGGACGCAUUAUUAACAGCGCAUCGUACAACAACUUCCUUUGAAGAACCUGUGGGUAAGCAAGAUUUUAAUCCUACGGCAGCGGGUCUUCGUCGAUCGGUGGAUGAUCGAUAAAAAAUGGCUCUUAUCAUCUUCAUUCUCCUCCUCCUCUUCCUCUUCUUGUUCUCCUUCAUGCAUUUAUACCCUUGUAUUGCAUUGUAUAGAAUUUUUUUUUUGUUUCAACCUAUUCGCAUACAUCUUGGCUUCUCACUUUUUUUUAUGUGUUUCCGCGCCCAAUGACAAACCAAUAAAAUUUGUGCUCUCGUUUCCCUGCUGACAGC